UCUAAGCACUAGCAUUGCAAAAGUACCCCAGCAACAGCGAAAUGAAGCGAAUAGUAUUUCUAUGUCUCUUCGCCUUCAUUUUUGUCUUGGCUGCACUGUACAAGAUCGAUUCCAGGAUAGGGUUCGUGAUUCAUUCUGGUAUUUGGCGUCUGGCACUGCAGAAAGGCCGUAUUUUAAAUGAAUCCAGAGGGACCCGCCCGCAUCCCACCACCACACCCAUCUCAGUUCUACCCCCAGUUAUGUUUGUGGAGACCACGUUGACUCUCAAACCACAACCCUUGGUCAUCUGCGCCUUAGAGUCGGCUGCCAGAUUGUAUCAGGACCGGCCCAUUUACUUCUUCCUAAGGGGUCUCAAAAACCAGACCUGCUUGCAAAACGAGGCUGAAUGCCCUGGUCUGAAACUCCUCACUGCUUUCCCAAACGUGCAGCUUCUACAUUUAGACCCCAAGGUGCUUUUGGAUGGCACACCGUUAGCGACCUGGUAUAACGAGAAGUCCUGGGCAAAGAAGCUGAGAAUAAACUGCUAUGAAGAAAUUGUUGUCUUCUCCAUCACAGUUGUACUGUGCAAGUACGAUAUACAAAUAUCAGAACAGAGCAGAGAAUGCAGAAGAAGACUAAAGUGCCAUCAUACAAUGACAUUUUUAAGAAGGGAUAAAGUUUAUAAAGAACCUUACUGGAUUCAAACCACUUCAGAUGGCUACAGACUUGUGCUUCUCUGGAAAAAUGGAGGGUUUUAUUUUGACACUGAUGUUAUUAGCACUAAAAAAAUACCUGAAGAAAAUUUUUUGGCUAGUGAAUCAAGUGAUUCUGUCUCCAAUGGAGUGCUUGGAUUUCAAAAGCAUCAUUCAUAUAUUAUGGACUGCAUGACAGAUUUUGUUCUGCACUACAAUGGUGGCAUUUGGGGCCAUCAGGGUCCUACCUUAAUAACACGUGUGGUAAAGAAAUCAUGCCCCCUUCCACACUACAACAAGGUACAAGAUUUUAGAUGUGAUGCCAGGAAUCUGACUUUCUUGCAUCCAUCUCGUUUUUAUCCAAUUCACUGGACAGCGUGGGAAAAGUAUUUUGAAGUCUGGAAAGAAAUUCCCAAAUUUGAAGACUCCUACGGUUUACAUUUAUAUAAUUAUAUGAACAAUAAAGCAAAAAAAAUGGUUGUAGCAGGAAGCAAUACCUUGGCUGAAAAUCUGUUUAUAAAGUACUGUCCAAGUACUUAUGCCUUCCUAAUAAAGAAAGUAAAAGAUUAAGAGUGAGUAAACAGCAUGAAAACUAAUCACUGAUUUAGGGACCACAUUGUGGAACCAGCUGAGCUUUGUUCAAUAAAAAAAUCAUCACUACUAAAGACAGAGUACUUACAUUUGAGUGUGUUAGUGUGAACAUUGUAUGUAUCUGUUUGAUUUAUAUGAACUUUACUAACCUGUAUUCUUUAUUGGUUACAAUGAUUUCCUACACUGUGUUAGGCAGUGAUAUAUGCUGAAAAGGUAGCAGUGUACAAAAAUAAGCAAAAGCUUUAAACAUUAACAGAAACACUUGAAUCAAGUAAUUCUGCUGCAACAAAAGCAAUGAAACAACAGGCAGAAAAAACAUUCAUUUAAAUCAAAAUGAAUAGAAGCAUUAAAAUAAUGAAUAAUGAGAGCUAUCUCAGAGUAAUUUGUGUGUGCAGAAUACUAUCAUGUAUAAAUCAGAUGUCACAAUCAUAUCCUAACAGUACAAGAUUCUGUGUCCUGCUGUGCAUAUCAAAGCUUUGCUUGUAUAUGGUUUGAUGUUACGAACUUAUGAAUCUUAUUUCUCCCAUAGAACUAAGCAUUGUAUGUUACUUCUA